AUGAUCAAACAGGAACCCGGUGGGGUUCUGGUGAAACAAGAAGCUAAACCCGUACGUAUUAAACAAGAAUCGUCCUCUGUGCCUAAUUCAAGACCGUCUUCUGCCAAGGAAACAAAACCAAAAGUUGGUCCCAACAAUAAGCAGGUCAAAGGCCCCAAACCUGCCAAUAGUAAGAUGGCGAAGCCUCCAGCUUCAAAAGCAAAGAAGAAAGCUCCAAAUCCCAAGCCUGUGAAAAAGGGGCCUCUACAGCAUGGGAAACCCACGGCAUCUAUACCGAAAAAGAACAAUGCUCCGAAAUCGGGGAACCCCAAGCAGAAAGAAAAUGGUGUUUCCAAGCCAAUUCCCAAACCCAAAAAGGGCGUUCCCAAAGGCAUCAAGAAGAAGCCUUCAAAAAGCAGAAAGCGCAAGGUGGUAUCAUCUCCAGGCCGCAAUAAGCUACCGAUCAAGCAGUACGUGAGCCAUAUCAAGGUGGUGAAAAAGGUCAAGGGGACAAGCCAAGACCUCAAGCCAAACCAUCUUGCUCAAUUGGCUAUGGGUCAGACGGUCCGUAUCAACGGUAAGAUAUACUACCCCCAUGAAAAGUUCAAAACAGGUGAUCGAGUCACACUCGAAAGCAACAGCCCCAUUGUCACUGGCUACUCGCUGAGUGAGGAUGACGACGACGACGACGAGGACAUGGGCGAUGCUGAGUCGAUCAUCGAUGUUGACGCAAACUCUGAAUACUCAGAAGACGGUGUUGAAGUCAUUGAAGACCCCAGCGACGUGGAGAACGACGAAGAAGUGUCCAAUACAGGUUCAGCCCUGGAAGCGGACGAUCAGAAAGAUGACGCUAUGGAGGACGUUAAGAUUGUCAAUGAUACUAACGAAGAGAAUUCCAGCGAGAUGGUUGAAGGAGAUACGAAGGUGUACGAUUUCGAGAUUGAGACCUCAGGUGUGCCUGUCAAGGAGCCAGUUGCUAAGCCAGACCCCUUGGUGCAUGAAGCGUCUCCAUCAGCUCCGAACACACAAUCAUCAAAUCCAGCUAAGACUCCAUCAGAGCAGCUGGAAAUACAGUCAGACUCUAAACCUCCUCAGAAAAGUGUCAGUCCAGCUCCUGCAGUGAGCUCCAAGAGAGCAAUUCCUCCACAUAUCGUCGAUUUCGAUAUCUCAGAUAGUGAUAUCGAGAGACCUUCGCUGCCACGAAAUGCAUCUCCAACACCAGAAAGUGGCCUCAACAAACGAGUGGCUGGUCAAUUCGACUCAUCGCAAAGAAAGCGUCAGCCAACCUUUGUGGGCACCUCUCAGGCGCUAGAGAAGUCUUUUCUCAGACUCACCUCUGAACCUAAUCCUGCAAAUGUCAGGCCUCAAAAAGUGCUUCAAAAAUGUCUACCUUUUGUGUUGAACCGUUACUACUCAGAGAAUCUACUGUACGUUUACAUCAACGAUCAGCUCAAGGCCAUCCGUCAAGAUUUGAACAUCCAACACAGGAAAAAUCAAUUCACCAUCCACGUUUAUCAAGCGCAUGCAAGAAUAGCCAUUGAAAACAACGAUCUUGGUGAAUUUAAUCAGUGCUUAUCUCAGCUAUUCACAUUGUAUGAGAUGGAUAGAGCCAAGUACGAGACAGCUGAGUUCGUCGUGUACAAGAUAUUGUACAUGAUUAUCACAGGUAACAAUCCAGAAAUCAAUAAACUACGGCUUCGAUUUCUUGGGUCCAACCCUUCUAAGCAUUACAAAACUUUUAAGUGGAUCAAGCCUGCAUUGGAUUUGUCUUCUGCCAUUAUAAGCGGGACUACUUCAACAUAUUCAGACUUUAUCCGGAACAUCAUGCCCAAACAGAGGUUUAUGGCCCUCUCGACUAUAAGCAAAGCAUUCAAAAAACUCUCGCUAGAAUACUUGAGAGUGCAAUUAGCAUUGGAUGUGGACGGCAUUGACAUUAACGAAUUCCUCAAGGCACAUGACUUGAUAAGCUGUGUCAACGGAAGUGACAUUGAUAUUGCGCAAGCCAAGCCUCGUAUAUUAAGCAUACUAGAGCAAGGCGAAUACAGAAGGAUUGACAUCAAGGGUCAGGUCUAA